GUCGUGCGUUGUUCGGACGCUUCGUUUUGUUUUCGGUCGCCGCCACUCAGAGGCAACAACAGAUGUUGAAAUGUCUGACGAAGACGAGGCAGCACCACCUGUGAAGAAGAGUCGUGUUUUCUAUGGAAGCCUGGAGGAAAAGGAGCGCGAGCGGCUGAGCGCACAUGCAACAAGUGGCUCAAAGACAGGAAGUGAUGCUGUCAAAGCUGGAAUUGAGGCGGGAAACAUCAACAUCUCCUCUGGAGAGACUCUGGAGCUGGAGGAGCGGGUCAACGAGCGGCAGCAGGAGGCGUUAGCUGAGUUCGAGAGGCGGCGGCGAGCGCGGCAGAUCACAGUCUCCACAGAUGACGCUGAGGUGAAGGCCGGCCUCCGAGCUCUGGGAGAGCCAAUCACACUGUUUGGGGAGGGUCCAGCUGACCGCAGAGAGAGGUUGCGCAGUAUUCUGUCUGUUAUUGGGCCAGACGCUCUGAAGAAAUCCAGAAAGGAUGAGGAGAGUGCCAAAAGGUCGCAGGAAGAGUGCCAACAGACAUGGUACCACGAAGGCUCCGCCUCCCUGAAGGAAGCACGCCUCUGGUUAGCUCGAUACUCUCUGCCUCGAGGCAUGUGGCGCCUGGAGGCAGCGCGAGCACAGAGGGAAGUUUCCGAGGCAACCAGGACGCUCCGACAGCAAGAGCUGCACAAGAGCCUGAGGAAUCUGAACAAUUUCUGCAGUCAGAUUGGUGAUGACCGGCCAAUCAGUUUCUGCCACUUCAGCCCCGACUCCAAAAUAUUAGCCACUGCUUCAUGGAGCGGUUUGUGCAAGCUAUGGUCCAUCCCAGAAUGCAGCCUGAUUCGCACACUGCGAGGCCACAGCACCAACGUGGGUGCGGUGGUUUUCCGCCCACAGGCUGGAGUCGCUUUGGACCAAUCAGAUGUCAAUCUAGCCUCAUGUGCUGCCGAUGGGUCAGUGAAGCUUUGGAACCUGGAGAGUGAUGAGCCGAUGGCGGACAUUGAGGGUCACAGUGAGCGAGUGUCUCGGGUGGCGUGGCAUCCUUCUGGAAGGUUCCUGGGGACCACAUGCUAUGAUCAUUCAUGGCGUCUGUGGGACCUCGAGGCUCAGGAGGAGAUUCUGCACCAGGAAGGACACAGCAAAGGAGUUCAUGACCUCCACUUCCACCCUGAUGGCUCACUGGCUGCUACAGGAGGGCUGGAUGCCUUUGGCAGGGUGUGGGACCUUCGUACUGGGCGUUGUGUCGUUUUCUUGGAGGGACAUCUGAAGGAGAUCUACAGCCUGCAUUUCUCCCCCAAUGGGUAUCACCUGGCAACAGGAAGUGGUGAUAACACAUGUAAGGUGUGGGAGCUGAGGAACAGGAAGUGUCUGUACACAGUCCCCGCCCACCAAAACCUGCUGUCUGCUGUCCGCUUCCAACCCACCGAUGGUCAUUUCCUGUUGACGGGAGCGUACGAUAACACAGCGAAGGUUUGGAGUCACCCAGGCUGGACACCACUCAAGACGCUGGCUGGACAUGAGGGGAAGGUGAUGGGCGUGGAUGUGUCACCUGACGGGAAAUUGAUUGCCACAAGUUCUUACGACAGAACCUUCAAACUGUGGCUAUCUGACUGAAGUCACAACAGAAGAAUUGAGCUGCGCUACUGUUCUGUGUGUACUUUGAGGUCCAUAAGUAUUUGGAUGGGGACGGCGCUGUCAAUCACAGUGUAACGAGUGAGCUCAUAAAAACUGUCUGCUUUAGUUUGGGACCAGUCACAUCAGAACCCCACUGAAUAAACUUAAAGAAAAAAGUUGCAAAUAUUUAUGGAUCUAACUGUGUGAGUCUCUGUUUUAUACUUCAAUAAAGGAUCACUUGUGUUUUUACUGAUA